AUGAGCUCCUCCAGCUUCAGCAGCCGCUCAGUGGGCUCGUACCCCCGCGCCGGAGCACAAAUCCCCCGGCAGGGUAACUCGUAUUUCGGGUUUGGGAGCGUGUCACCGGCUGUGGCCCCCAUCAGGGCUGUGUCUGUUAACACAAGCCUCCUAACUCCUGUGGAUCUUCAGCUGGACCCAGACCUGCAGGCUGUACGGAUCCAGGAGAAAGAAGAGAUCAAAACUCUCAACAAUCGCUUUGCCUCCUUCAUCGACAAGUUUGACUUGAUCUCAUCGCAAGCUGACCAGUGCAACACUGAGCUGAAAGACAAUAAAGGUGCAAUAGCUGAUUUGAAAAGACAGAUAACGCGACUGCAAAAAGAGAUAAUCUCAGCUAAAUCACAGCGUGAGAGUGUGGAGGAGCAAAUCAAAGAGGCGGGGCGUUGGGGUGAGGAGGCGGUGCUUGAUGCAAAAGAACAAAUCAAAUCGCUGGAGGACGCAUUGCAGAAAGCCAAACACAAAAUGACCAGACAUAUUCGAGACUACCAGGAACUGAUGAAUGUCAAACUGGCUCUGGAUAUUGAGAUUGCCACCUACAAGAAACUGCUGGAAGGAGAAGAGGACAGGUGA